AUGGAAUAUUUUGGAGGCGACUCAUACAUUCAGCCAACCUAUUGGAAGCACGCUGCGACGUCCAUGUACGUCGGUAUGCCCGGCGUUAUCAUCGGAGGGAUAUUGUGCAUGAUAUUCCUGUUCGAGCCCGGUUUGAGAAAAGAAUAUCAGCUAUCCCUGGAUAUUCUGAAUUUUCUGAUCGGCGUUCCCACGGCAAACGAUACGUGUUCCGUGUUGAUAUUGGCCGAUAUGCUGUGGUCGUUCUACAAUGGGUAUGUGUGGGCGAUAUGCUUUGUUGGGGUGGCGCUUCAUGUUAUCGUAUAUCUAAACACGAGACGGAGAAACUGGCGAAGCGGAGAACGCCGGCUACUCAUCACUUUGAGCAUACAAACUUCAAUUCCACUCCUGGCGACCACCUUUUUCAGCAUCGCGCAUUUUGGGGCAUUGACACAUUGGUUCGAGACGCCGACAUACUUCAGCGUCCCAGCCAAUUUAUUGGCGCUCCUCUCCUCGACACUCCUAGUCCCACUGGUCGCUGUUUUUUUCGUAACGAAGGCUCGAAACGCCGUCCUUCGACACACCGUCCGCCUGCUGUGCAUAAAUACGCACAAGGGAAGUGGCGGCAUGUGGACGACGACGGUGAAUCUGAAGUUGAUGGCUAGGAAGAGGAGCAUGUCACUUGGUCGGAUGAAUCACGCAAUUCGGGAGGAACAUGUGGAGGCGGCGAUCCCUCUGGAUCGGAUACCUGACGCGCAGGUUGUUUCCGCCUGGCCAAAAACGCCGGCGGAGGCUCAGCAACCGCCUGAUGUUGCGCCA